GUUGCAGAGACAGAGACACUGACUGUAGUUUUCACGGGAGUGAUUUGGUUGAAUAAUGCACCGAGAAGGAGACAUGGCGUCAGGUGUGUUUGCUGUGGCCUGUGUUCACGCACACGUGUGUUGAGUCGGUGCUAAACUUCCUCGUCCUGCAGAGCAAGAAGAAGAAGAAGAAGAAGGAGGAGGAGGAGGAGGAGAAGGAGAAGGAGGAUAGAUCGUGACGUCGCUGCCCGCAGACAGGCCCACUCGGCAGGGGGAGAGAGGCAGGGACGCGCCGCGCGGGGACGGACGCCGCUGCCGCCGCUGCCGCUGCCGCAGAGCACACCGCCGACACGCAGGAGCAACCAGGGCUCAGAGCAACCGGCAACCGCGGCAACUUUUGUAGAGACGACAGACGGCCAUAAUGCGGCACCGCCCGCCAACCCCGGAGCUGAUGUGACUGUGCAGAGCAGGGAGGAAGCGGCGGACACCACCACCACCUCUCCCCCGGUUGCCUCGUCUCCGUGUGCGCGGCAGGCAGGUCGGUCGGUCGGUCUGGUCUGGUCUGGUCCGGUCCGGUCCGGAGAGGGGGACAUGUCCUCGCUAACCGUGGACGAGGACCAGAAAUGGGUACCGACACACGUCCAGGUGACGGUGCUGAAAGGCAGGGGCUUGCGGGGCAAGGGCAAGCACGGCACCAGCGACGUGUACACCAUCAUCCAGCUGGGGAAGGAGAAAUACUCGACGUGCGUGGCGGAGAAGACCACGGAGCCGGAGUGGAGGGAGGAGUGCUCGUUCGAGCUGCAGCCCGGCGUGCUGGAGAGGGACGGGAGGAGCGGCCACCCGGCCGGUAGCAACGAGCUCGUCCUGACCGUGAUGCACCGGGCGCUGGGGCCGGACGCGUUCCUCGGGCAGGCGGUGAUCCAGCUGGACAAAGUCUUCCACGAGACCAGAUGCGUGAAAAACCACUGGUACAGACUCAACUCUAAGACGGGGAAGAAGGAGAAGGAGCGGGGAGACAUUCAGGUCACGGUCCAGUUCACCCGGAACAACCUGACGGCCAGCAUGUACGACCUGGUCAUGAAGGACAAGAGCGCCUCCACCUUCAGCAAGCUGAAGGAGCGCAUGAGGGGGAAGAGGCGGUCCAGCGAGGAGGACUCCUCGUCCGCCGUCCUGUCCGGAGGGUACGGGUCCCUGUGCCGGAUGCGCCAAAGGCUGCCGAGCGACGGGGGCGGCGAGGAGGACUACGAGGACGACGAGGGGGGCGAGGCCCGGCGGAGCAAGAUGAGGACCUUCUUCCUGAGGGGAAAGCUGCGUAAGUCGUCCGACACUCGCUCCAGCACCUCCCUCGGUUCGGAGAGCAGCGAGUCUUCGUCGAGGGGGGGCAGCCUCAGUCCCACGGCCGGGAUCAGUGUGGUGGUCUCGGACCUCUCCAACUCGCCCAGUAACAGCAGCAACCUGACAGCUGAUAACAGCCCAGAGCACACAGCAAACACAUCGCCCAAGUCGUCCUCUCUCAAAUGUGAGUUUGCUGACGAGGCCGGUGAGAUCACCAUCGCGGUGCCUCAGCGCACUGUUUGCGUUAACGGAAGCCAUGCGUACGACGUCCAGCCCCUGGACCCGGGCUCAGGAAAACCUGCGGGUUCUUUGGGCCUGGGACUGCUGCAGAAGUCUUUGCCUCUCUCCGUGUCCCUGCAGAACCUCAGCCCGCGGGGCUCCACGGACCUCCCCAGGGGCCCCGUGGGGGACGGCCGCCGCUGGUCUUUCGACAAACCCGGCGAGGAGGAGAAAGCUGCCAUAGCCGCGGCCCUGGAGAAAAGCGGGCCGAUGCUCAGCGAAGAGGACGCGCGGCUGCGACGGGACGCUCCGUCCAAGGCCUCCUCCUCGUCCUCCGGCUCCACGGCGGAGACGGGGACCCAGGGUAAAAAGCAGAAGAAGAACUUGUUCUCCCACGGGAGGAGUGAGCCUGCAGGGAAAGGUCAGAGUCAGUCCAAGGAUGAGUCUGAACAGGCCCCCGCUGCCGCCGAGGAGAGGCACAAGGGAUGGUUCGGUUCAAAGGACUCGCACAGCAAACUCAGCCUGGUGGUGUCACCUAAUCUAGAGCCCAGCACUGACCCGCACCCACCACCUCUUCCCUCUGGUCCCCCCGUAGAUCCUCCCUGUGUGGUUUCUCCAUUGCACCACUCUAACCCCUUCUUCCACUCACAGACUACACCCCCUCCCACAUCCCCCUGCAACCCCUUUUUCUCUCUCCUCCAGCACAACCCUUUCUACGAAGACAUGCUUAACACUCGCCACCUAACUCCCUCGCUGCCUCCUCUGCCCUAUCUUUCCAGUUCCCGGCCCCCGAUAACUCAACUCUUUCCGCAGCCGAGUAACACUAACCUUAGCUUGACCCGCGACGCCGCAACCGCAGAGGAGUCGAGCAGCAACGUGACGGGCGAGGUCGGGAAAGGGCCCCGUCCUCCAGCGCUAACGGAAGGCAGGAAGCCUCUAGUCAAGAAGUCGUCCAACCCUUUCAUGUCUGUGCGAGAGCUGGAACCGGAUUCAGAGUGGGACGAGUCUUUUGAAGCGUUUGCAGCUGGCAGGCUGCAGCCUCCUGAGGAUCCCGCCACAGAAUGCAAAACACAGCAAAGCACACCGAGCGACCAUCCACUGGAGCACGGCAUUAAUAGAAGAGCAUCAUCGCCGCACGAACCGGAUUCAAACACAAACGUGGAUGACGCACCUUGUUCAGAUCUUUUAUUCGAAGCGCAGAAAUUUAGCAGCCGGGCGAGCGGCGCGUUUCACCUCGACACUUUCCCGCAAUUCCUCGAAACGAUCCCAGAACACAGGAGCUUCGAGAGCGACGACUCCGCUUUAAGUCCCUCCACUAACUCUCCAAAACUAACCGAACGAGACCCGAGCACCACUAAUGAUUUAACCGCCGACACUAACGUGCACCGAGACCCGUUCCACACCUCGUCCAUUCCACCGAGCAGCAGCUCUCCAGAUCCCAGCUCUUCAGGGCUCGGCAGCUCGGCCGAGGAUUUCCUCUCAUGUCUGUCCUCUCACUCUGACAAAUUCUCCGCGUCCUCAUCCGAGGAGAAUGAAAGCAACGUGCCUGGUUUUGAGAAAUCCUCCGAGUCAGCUGUGAUGAAAACUGAAGCGAAGCCCUCAGAAUCUGAAGACGACGUCGCUGACGGAUCAAACGAUGCGUCUUUGGAUGAUGUUGUGCAGCAAACGGUUAUUGAGCACGAGGACAGUGGAAGCGAAAAGGUAGAAUUGGAGGAUCCAGAAUGUUUGAUCACUACAAAGGAGGCAGGAGCUGAAGGUGCAGAUACUCAAACACUAAACGUUUCUAAUGUUGUGUACCCCGACCUACAACCAAAACCAAGCACCUCUUCUGACCUUAAAAACACUCGUACGGAUGUGACGACUCCAGAUGUUGAAAUCUCCUCCACGCUCCCGUCAUUGUACAUCACCACCUCCUCUCCUGGCGUCCAGCAGCAUUUGUUGGAUUCGUCCUUUGAGGGGGUUGGUUCAGAACGACGGGACGCAGGCCAGCUUAGCAUUUUUGACGAUUGCCUCAACAUCAGCCAGAUCGGUCCCGGCCAGGACUUCGACAGCACUCUGCUGCACGCGUCCGCCACCAGCAGCUUCCUGCAAAGCCUUUACGUCAGCGCCGACUCCCAGGAUUACCAAACCUGUGAGUCUCAACCGUCCUCCGAGUGGUCCGGUGUGUCGGAGCCAAACGAGACGCUGCACUCUGCCAACUCCACGCUCUGCGGUGACGUCGAAACGUUCGCCGGUGCAGAUUCAGGCCUCGUGGAUGCAAAUGCAUCCGUGCGCGAGGGAGGCAUAAACCAAGACGAGGCGAGCUUCACAGCCGGAGAAGACUUUCCUGCAGCGGUGACACACUCUGACGUGAGUUUCAGUCCAGAGAGGCUCAUAGAAGGAGGUGAUGGUGACAUGUUCUUGAACUGCUCGACCCUGCAGCGCUCCCAGUCUGAGGGCACGCUGGCACCCGCCUUCGACCAGCUCCUCCUCGUCCUGCCUUCCUUCGGGAGCGACCCCGGUGCCAUACAAGCAUCGGGCUCCUCAUCCCACCCAGGUCCCGACCUCCCCUCUCUGAGCUCCUUUGCUCCCUUUCUUAACCCUGAAUGUAGUAGCUCCCCUGUCUUUCCCCUCCCUCCUCUUGCCAAUGCUUCGGCGACGUUGCCAACCAACGCAGCAGCAAAGCCACAGGAGGCCGAGCAGCAGCAGCAGCAGCAGCAGCAGCAGCAGCAGGCAGCCAAUCAGCAGAACAGCCCUCAUCCGGUGAAGCCCCUGACCACUGCCAUGCAGACGGAGGAGAAGCGGUCAGUGCUGGCCACCGGCCUGGAGAAGCUCAAGUUCUCCAUCCACCCCGGGAGGAGCAGCCAGGUCGCCGAGCAGGAGACGGACAAAAGGAAGUCUCUGACAGAGGGAGCGGGCUCGUACUACCACCUGAACCACAGCGAGCUGGUGGCCCUGCUGGUGCAGCGCGAGGCGGAGCUGGAGAGGCAGAAGGCCGAGUUCGAGCGUCAGAAACGUUUGCUGGCCAAGCGCGAGGUGGAGCUGAAGAGGCUGAAGCCGCAGGUCCGAGAUCUGGAGGACUACAUUGACACGCUGCUGGUGCGCAUCAUGGAGCAGAAGCCCACCCUCCUCCAAGUCCGCUCCAAGUUCAAGUGACGGAGGGCGGAGGCCGUCCCCAUCUGUUCACUCUAACCUCCACAACAGCUCUUUAGUCUUUUCACUGCUAUGCUGUCCUUUUUGAUACGAAUAUAUUUAGGCACCGAGACAUGUGGAGGGCGGCCUUUUCCAGCCGGCAUGCUGUACUGUACUGACACGUCCUCGUUUGAAAGGUUUUGGUUUGGGUGUCUGGUUGGGGGGGGGGGGGGUUUGAAUGUAGUGCGUCCUCAGGUUGUUUUCAGGUUCACAAAGCCAGGUGGUGGGUUCAACGCCCAGAUGCUUCCAUAUUGGGUUCCUGAUUGUAGAAAACAUUGAAUCCUCCUUUUCACCUCACCCAUCACUUCUGUCACCUGAUCACAAGAAAGGGAAACUUGUGGAGUUUCAACCCAUCAGAGCUUUGUAUUGAUGGUGGUUUGGGCAUGCUUUAAUAACUACGUCACUUCAACGUUGACUGUUUCCACGUGGUUUCAGAUUGACUUCAUUCUUCCAAAGCGGCCGGUGUUUUUUUUUCAGUGCAGCGUGAAAAUCCAAUUUAUAAUUUAUAAUAUUAUUUAUAAAGCACUUUAAAAGAACCACAGAGAAUCUAAGUGAUGUACAGAAGAGUAAAUAAGAGAUAGAACAACUCACACGAGGCAUAAAUACAAGUAAAAUAAAUGAAAAGACAUAAAACAUCUGUAAAAACAUCUGAACAUCAGAACAUACUGGUGAAAUCUUCAGAUACUGUUUUGCUCAGAGCCACACAACAAAUUCUACUUAAAAACAACUAACUAAUUGAAAAACUAAUUGUUCUGACUCUUCUAUAUUGGGUUUAGUCUUUGGACUCGAUGUUUCUCCUGCAGUGGAUUUAAAGUCUCUGCAGGUUCGAGGCCGAACGUGGAUGAAGCAAAAAGCUGCUUUGAAGGAAGUGAAGUUCAUCUGAAAGGGUAAAAACCUGCACACCGGUGCGUUUGUCCGCAUGAGUUGAGACUCUACAAACGUUCCCUGAUAAACACAGAGUGCUCUGACUAGUUUUUGAGUCUACAAACCAAAUGAGCGGCGUGAGAGUUCAGCCUGGUUUCGUGUGCACAUCACUGGGAACUGACUGUAGCUUCUGAAUGUUCAAAAGUGUUCUUAGCCAGCGACCGGACGGUUUUAUUUGCAACUGCACGACGAGUCGCGCCGUUUAAUCUUCCUUUUGCUUGUUCCUUUCUCCUGUUUUUUUUUUUUCCUCCUGUUUCACGGGCAUGUCUUGAAGUUACCCAUAAUGCUCAGCCACAUAAGCUAACUGGUUCUCGUAUGGGUCACAGUGUUAUCAGGUGAAGACAGUAUCGCUCGGUAUCGAGAUCAGCCAUCACAGCUUCUGUUCUGAUCUCGUGCUUCUCGCCUUCUUCCCUCAUGAGCGUUAUCGCCUCCGCCGCGCUGAGAAGAAGAAGAAGAAGCCUGCGACAUGCCGGUACUUGACUUCCCUUCCUUCGGCCUCCGUGCGUCCCGUCCCACCUCUGCGAGCACGCAUAAUCGCUACAGCUUUCAGGUGUUACAAAGGGAUAUAUACCGCGUUUUACAGCAUAUAUUGAAAUGCCAAAUGCUGCCUUAUUUUCGUUCCGUUCUGACGUUCAUUAAGAGUCUAGCACUUCAUUUUUAUUCGUCGGGGCAGGAUUUGAAAGAGAAAAGCCAUCUGUUCACUGAGAGUGUUUUCUUUUUGUUGUUAUUAUUAUUAUUAUUAUUAUUAUUAUUAUGAUGAUGCUUUGUUACGAUAUUGUUUAGGUCACUGCACAAAAAUAAAUUGUAUGCAUACCAAUAGAACAUGAGUAGUAACAGUGAUUUUCUGUGAAAUGCCAAAAAAAAAAGAGAAAACAAAACUAAAAAAAAAAAAACAACACAAAGCCUUGAGACUUAAUCUAUGGAGCAGAUUGAUAUACCAUAAAGUAUUCUGAUAUAACGCCACUUUUAACAGCAUUUGUGGAUGUCCUUGCACUACUUUAUCGUCAGAAGAAAACUCUACUGUACCUGUCCGUCUGAUAUCGGUAUAGUUAGGUCUACUUUACACCGUACUGCACUUUCUAAUCGCUCUGUGAUUUAAGCACUUGGCCGACACCACGACGACGAUGAUGAUUAGCCAGUGAGCUCAAAGCAUACAAAAAAAUAAAAAAUAAUAAACCCCAUCCAUCCUGUCAACUCAGUUCUGCUGCGCGAUCGCAAUAUCAAGUGCAUAGACGACUGUAGAGACAUAUUAAAUGUGACUCGGCACUUCCAAAGUGCAAGAACAAGCGUCUUCUUUCACGUCUUCCAUUUUACAAGGUUUUUAUUUAAGUUCGACUGUGUUUUUGUCCUCGACUGUGUAGCUGGUGGAAUGUGCUUUGGGUAGUGCGUAAGAUUGGAAAGUUUACAAUCCGUGAUGCAAUUCUGUUUCACAAAUUUUGUAUAUUUAAUAAAGAAUAUUUUGUGUUUCUUGCUCACCGUA